UCCUAUGAGCUCACUUCCCAGACCCUCUGCCCGCCAGGAGGGUGCGGGCCUGGUGAGCUCGUGGGAGCCACCGCCAGUUUCCCCUCACGUUGGGUCGCGGGGAGUAUGGAGCAGGGGCUGUCUGCCAUUACCCUCUACUGCUCACCCGCCGCCGCCUCUUCCUCCGCCGUCAUGGAGCAAGAGCAGUUGCAUGCGAAUGCCGAUAGAGGCUUUGAGAAUGUGGAACUUGGAGUCUUAGGAAAAAAGAAGAAAAUUCCAAGAAGAGUCAUUCACUUUGCAAGUGGAGAAACCAUGGAAGAAUACAGCACAGAUGAAGAGGAAGAUGAACAGCAGGAGAAAAGAGAUCUUUUGCCUUCUGUUGAUCCAACGACGCUUACAUGGGGGCCUUACUUGUGGUUUCAUAUGUUAAGAGUUGCCACAUCAACACUCUCAGUGUGUGACUUCCUUGGGGAAAAGAUCGCUUCUGUCUUGGGAAUCAGUACACCAAAAUACCAGUAUGCCAUAGAUGAAUACUACAGGAUGAAGAAAGAGGAGGAAGAAGAGGAAGAAGAGAACAAAAUGUCUGAGGAAGCAGAAAGAAGAUAUCAGGAGGUACAGAACCAGACACAGGAAGGGAAUGCUGUUCAGACUGAUCAGCCAGAGGCUGCAACCUGUAAUACAUUCGUCAAUCUCAACUUUGAAACAGAAGGUGACUGCCACCUUAUAGUGGAAAGUAAACAGAACCUCACUCCAGUGUCUGCUUAGAAUGAAAAUGUUGCAUAAUGAUUCCAUGUGAAUUUGUCAAAGUUUGUAGGUCUUAUGUAUGUUCAGUGGGAUGUAAUUUAUUUAAACAUGUGGUUGUGAGGGGAGGAUUAAUAAUGUCUCUUGGUCAAUAUCAAUCUAAUAAAGGAUAAGACAUUUUGCUUAACCUAUUAGAUAAUAAAAUGCAAGUGAUUUGGCCCCAAACUAACUUCUAUCUAUGCAGAACAAGUCAAAUGUCCUUUUUUGUUAGAACAUCUGGUGCCUUGUUGACAGUUGUGGACAGAUAACUGCUUUUUGUGUUUUCAGGUUCAUAUAUAAUGUUACUUAAUGAAAUCUUGGUGGAAGACUGCGAGAUUAAAUAGAACUAACUCACAAAAGUAUC